GGUGUGCCAAUAUGGUCAGCGGUAUCGGGUGACCGAACACUGUCAUAAAGAGCACCAGUUAAUGUGGAUCGCGACGUGCCAAACUGGUUAUGUAUGCUGAGCCCCCUAGAAAGACAGCAGGAAAACAUAUUUUCGUGCAUAAUCUCUGUUUGAUCUGGGCCAAUUCAGAUAAAGAAUGACAGAUCAGAAAAAUAAACACGGACUAAUGGCUAUUAAAGAGUUAGAGAACAUUCUGGACACAUGUAAACUUGACCUAACUCCAGUGGACGAGGUCUGGCCGAACCUGUACAUCGGAAACGUGGCCAUCGCUCAAAAUAGAAAUGCUUUAAAGAAAAUGGGCAUCACUCAUGUCUUAAAUGCUGCCCACUCGAAGCAAGGCAGUAUUGGGGAUCAGAGCUAUUACGACAAUGCAAUUGUAUAUUAUGGUAUCCCAGCAGACGACUCUUCAUCAUUUGACCUCAGUGUGCACUUUAAAAUGGCUUCUGAUUUCAUACACAAAGCCCUGAGGAAGAAGAAUGGAAAGGUGCUGGUUCAUUGCAUCAUGGGAAUGAGUCGGUCUGCCACUCUUGUUCUAGCAUACCUCAUGCUGCGUCAGCGCCUUACUCUCUGCACUGCCAUCCAAACGGUUGUACUACGACGAGCAAUCUAUCCUAACAGGAAUUUUUUGAGCCUUCUCCUGGAUUUGGAAAUUCAGUUGCAGAGAAAACGAAUGUUGUGUCCCAUUCUCUGACAGGAAACGGUCACAAAUGUCUCGAGCACACAAAUGCACAUGCAUUCAUUUUAUAUGAAUGCGGUAAAAGGGUAACCAUCAUUGGUAUGUUCACAUUAUUUAUAAUAUUGUCAUAAUAAAAAUGACGUCCCUCCUCCCCCCACCCCACCAAACAUGUGUGCCUUUCAGGUUUAGUAUUUUUAUAGACCACCUUUGUACUUUCCCAUACAUUGAAAAGGUUAAUGUAUAAAUAACUGACCAUUUAACAUUUUAAUAUUGUUUGAAAAGGCUUUAAUAGACCAUGUAACAUGGGUGAUUUUUAUGUGCACAAUGUAGUAUAAAUGAGGGAUGUUAUCUUUAUGAAAGUCUUUAUGAUACUGUAUUCAAGUUGCAGAUCUUUGCACUGUAGAAUACUUGUGUUAAGUGAAAGUGCCAAAUGCUUCACACACGACAAUUGAUAUUUACCAGUGGAGUCAGUAGUUAACACAGAAUAUCAGAUUAAGCCAUAUUAAAUUGUGGUUCAUGGUUCAUCUGCAUUUUUGGACUAAGAAAACACUCACUGUUAAAAGUAUACCUUUUACUUAGCUUUUGAAAGCCAAGUUUGGAGAACUUAUGUGCCAACCACAACACCUUUCUGUUGACACAAUCCUAAAAGCCUCGUUUAAAUGUCUGAUCAGCACUCUUGGAUGUGAUUUUAGUGUACGUUUUUGUUUUAACAGCAGAAUAAUGUGUUUCCCUCAGCUCAUUGCUUCACACAAGUUUCUUUAUUAUCUUGGAGGAAAUUUGAAGGUAUAAAAACUUUAGUCAAAUUUGCUGUAUACUUACAACGUUAAACUGUACAUUCGACUGAUUUGACUUGUCCCUCCUUUUCUUUAAAAAAGGCACUUACAAUGGAAGUGAAUGGGCUACAAAACAUAAACAAUUAAUGUUUUAUCAUUAUUUAAGUGUGAUAAAAUCACUUACUAACUUGUGUGAAGUUAGAGCCAAUUUUACAACUUCAUUGUCAUGAUGAUGUAAUGUCAACAAACCCUAAAAUGACUAAAAUGACUGUAAUAAGUAUGAUUUAAACAACUGACCAACUGACUAUGGAGUGGUGGUGGCGUAGUGGACUAAAUCACAUAACUGGUAAUCAGAAGGUCGCUAGUUCGAUCCCCACAGCCAACACCAUUGUGUCCUUGAGCAAGACACUUAAUCCAGGUUGCUCCAGGGGGAUUGUCCCUGUAAUAAGUGCACUGUAAUUUGCUUUGGAUAAAAGCAUCUGCCAAAUGCAUAAAUGCAAAUGCAAACAACUUUACAACUCAAAUAAUCAAUGAGUUUUAACAGAAAAAUUUCUGUAAAUGCUAUUAUAAAAUUACAAGAUUCACGUUUCUGCCUUUAAUCCCUCAAAAAUUGGCCACAUUCAUGAGUUUUGCUUUUUUUUUAAAGAAAAGCAGGGAUGAGUCAAAAGUAUUUUUUAAAGUAAUCAACAUUAUGCCACAAAUGCUGUUGAUUGAAGUCAACUUGUGUUUGAGCCAGAAUAUUACUUUAAGUGUUUUUUUGCUACGCUAUUAUGUGUUUUUGAAAGUAUCAGUAACAUCUGCACUACUGGAUUCAUAUACAGAUCAGUCACACAAAGCGAGGUGUCAAAUAAUAUUAGACUUCUAUAUAUUUGUUUAUUUAAAUAAAGUACAUGUAAAAGUGCUUCUCUUGUUGCAUAGUUUCAUUUUUGUAACAUAACCAGUAACAGUAUAUUUGUUGAGAUUGACAUGUUUGUGUUAUUAAGAAAUGUAUUAGGAUUGAAUAAAGGAAAGCACGAUUAUAGU